CAGGGGACGAAAUUAGAAAAGAAAAGAAAUAUUUAGCACAACACAACUUCCCAAUCACAUCGGCGCUGCAAACCUUCAGCGUAGUGAAUAAUAAACAAGAAAGCUUAAACUUAAUUAGAUUCGAUCGGAUUAAAAACGAUGCACCGGGUCGGGAUGGCGUGCAGGGCGUUAGUUAGUAGCAAGCGCCCAACGGAGCAGCCGCCACGUUGUUGUCGCUGGUCGUAAAUCUGUAGCCCACCUCGCAAAGCAUCACACGGGUUUUGCAGUUUGGAGUGCACAAGGCUCCACAAAACCCCAGCCCGCAAAACGCCACACGUCUUCAAGCGUGUCUUACCAUAGCAUGCCCAAUAGUGAUUCGUCCGGUGGUAUAUACUCCCCUCUUCCACAGACGACACUGACCGAUUCGGAGAGUGAAGAAGAGCUGCUGCGGCGCACCACGACGAUCACGGUACGGCGGAUCACGGCGGAACGCGGCGGAGGCGGAACCCUUGGCGGCGGCGGCGGCGGAAGCAGCAGUGGUGCAAGAGGCGGCAUCCCGACCGCAAUUAUGAUGAACGGCAUGAAGGGACGACCGGUGGCGGAAGUUCGCGCCACCGUCGGCAGCGCAGGAGGGACGGAAAAUGGAGGAGCCGCCCUGUACAAUGGCGGGUAUCCGCCGAGCCCGAGCGAUGUGGAGGAUGCGAGCGGUGUGUUCCAUGCGGACAAUGUGGCCAUCCUGCACGAGGCCGGCUCGAUCCCGGACCGGAAGAUGUCCUUCCCGCGGAAGUGCUGCUUCGUGGCGUCGCUGGUCGUCUGCUUCCUGGCGGUGGUGGUGUUUCUGUGGAUCAUUCCCUGCUCAGAUGAGCUGUCCUGUCCGGCAAGAGCGGAACGCGUUAAAACCCAAAACUGGAUACGCAACUACGAAAAAAUCGAACUGAAAGGGGUCAUCAACGUGGUGGAAGGCGUGCACGGCAAGAGCAAAAAUCUCGUCUUCAUGUACCGGGGGGAUAAGCUGUUCCCGGAGUUUGACGAGUCGUACCGGCGGCGGAACGGCAUCAUCUCGCUGGUCGGCAGUUCUGGCAAGGUCGCGUGGUACGAUCAGAUGAUAAACGAGCCGAAAAGCAUCGACUGCACGCUGCUCGAUGCGGACCGGAGCGGUGCGCCCGACUGCCUCGUGCUGGACGAGUACGGCCAGCUGGAGUGUAUCGAUCCCCUGUCCGGCGAGUGGCUGUGGCAUGCGGAGGGCUACAACAAGCGCAGCAACAGCGGUGGCAGCAAGCAGAACGAUAUGCUCGACUUUCCGCUCCUGAUUCCGGACGUCGACGGGGACAAGGUGUACGAUCUGCUGUUUGUGACGAGCUCGAGCGAAACCAAGCACAACCGGCUGGUGAUGAUAUCGGGCCGGAAGGGCAUCACGAUCGGGGACUCGUACGCCGUCAAGGAGUGCCUGUACGUGCACAAGCUGAUGCUGGACGAGGAGCUGAACGUGAAGUUUAACUGCGUGAAGGAAAAGUCCGAACAGCAGAAGGCAAAAUCGCUGCCCGAGCUGUACAAGCUGAUCCACCGGAAGGCGCUCGAUAUGCGCGUGGUGCGCCGGAUGCCGACCGAUCUGCCCCAGCACAAGUUCUUCGGCCAGCGGCGCAACACGGAGAAGCAGCGCACGAUCACGAACGUCGGUGGGAAGCAGCUGGUGGUGGAGAAUCGGGGCAAAUGUCCGGAGAACUGUUCCACCUCGGUGCUGCUGACGGAGGAGUCGACCGGGGAGUUGCUGUGGAAUGUGUCGGGAAGGCAGCUGUACGGUAUGCAACCGGUGCGGCUGAGCUUCUCCAACUUUGGGUCGGACAACCGGUCCACCAUGUACGGGUUUGUGAUCAAGUUUUGGGAGUGGAGUCAGCGCGAUCCGGACAACCGUAGCUCGCGGUUCAAGCGCGCACUGAUCCGAUGGCACGAUGAUGACGCGAGCAGGCAGCGCUUCAUCCACCAGCAGCCGUGGAUUGGACCUCCGGGACUGGAUGCCAUCUCGAAGACGUCCUCUUCUGCGAGGGGCCAAAACCAAACGUCAUCGUCAUCUGCAUCGUCCUCGUCAUCGGGUCGGCCGGCCGGUGUGUUUCGGACGCGCAUGCGCUUCCUGAAGGAAACGAUCAAGCUGAUCGUGUUCAACUCGACCUACAUCAAGAUCGAAAACACCAGCCAAAGCAACGUGAUUCAGUUCUGUCGCGAAACGAUCAGCGGCGAUCCGGCGGCCGAAGUGCUUUGCCAGCCCGAUCUGAACUAUCAGGAAAAUUCGCUCCUGAUCGCGGACCUGGACGACGAUGGGUCGCAGGAGCUCGUGUCGUACUACUCGACGUUCGUGAAGACGGCCACCAACGAGGCGGACGGGAUGGGGGCGGGUGUUGGCGUUGGACCGGGCGCAACGAUGAAGCUGAAGACGUACGUGCAGCUGCUGCGACUCGAGUCCGAGCUGCCGAAACUUUACAGUCCGCCGGCGGCGGGUGAGGAGGCUGGAUCGGAGGCAGGCAAGCAUCGUUAAACAUUUGGCGAUGACCCACCCGUGUCCCCCUGAUUCCAACAGAACUCUUGUGAUUUUGUGAUCUCAUAUUGACCUGCAGUAAUUCCAUUCCAGUCUUAGUGAUGAAUGUUGUUGAUCUUUGUUUUUGAACCUCCUUUUUGAUCCAAUGAUGUCACUGUACUAGCUAGUUAAUAGAAAACCACAGAUACUCGCACACUCAUUCGCAACACACGCUUUACGAUAAUGAUAGUCUAUUGUCUGAGGGGACGGGGUUUGAAGUGAAACAUUCCGAUAAAGAGGUAUGCAAUUUGGAAGAUUGUAUCAAGCAGUGACCAACGAAAAGGGGGGGGAAGAAUUUGGCGGGGAAUAGUGAAUGUGGGAAGAUUUUUCCUGCUGUUUCGUAUUGCCCGGGGAAAACUCUGUCAUUUUCAUCAACCCUUCAUCAUCAUCAUCAUCAUCAUCAACACGAGUAUAGUUAUUAUUCCACCUCUGCACUGUUUGCACCGAUCUUCAUGUCCUUGUAUGACCAUCCUGCGCACACGGCACACCUACCAAAGCGCACGCUCGCAUUUUGUGCAGCAUGAAGCAAUUCAAAAUACAUCAUAGAAGAGUACUUCGUUUCAGUGAAAAAGAUGUUGAAAAGAGACAUGUUGAAUGCAAAUCCUGCAUGGCCCUAAGGGUUCGGUAGAGAUGUAAACAAAAUAGCUACUAGUAAGUUAUGAUACGUA